UUGCGCUGCCGCCUGUCCCCUGCAAUGCAGAGCAGUCUUUGCUUUGGACUCAUAGGCGACAGUUCCCUCUACACAAAGAGGGCCAACAAAAAGCAGUCACCCGUGGCAAAGGUCCUGAGAAAUGACUACGGGUACACGAACCUGCACGACAAGGUCUUUGCAGGACGUGGACUGCAGGAUAUCUAUCGAUUCCUCACCGGGACCCCACAGGCGCCUCCCCCACGCUUUGAUGUGCUCGGGAUUUCCUAUUUUGGGAAUGAGCACGUGAAGAAACCCAUGAAUGAGCCUGAUCAGUAUCGACAGUGGUCCAAGUUGUUCACGGUGUUGCGCGACAAACCGUGGAUGCGGGUGGUAUUCUUCAUUGGUGGUUUCUCUGCGAAAUAUGGAUACUGCCGUGCGUAUGAUGAAAAUAUGGACAAGAUCCGCAGAUGGGUCCGAAAUGCUGGCUUUGAAGUUGUUGAGGCUCGUAAUGAGGUGCAGCGAUGGGAGCUAGCAGCGGACGACACGCACUUUUCCGUGGAAUGUUUGGAUGAGCUUGCUGCCUUUUGGAACAAGCUCCUGCUUGGCCACUCGCAUUCUUUCGACGCCAGGGCCAAGGCAUCGACACGAUCUAAGCCGAAGAGAGCCCGGGAGCCAACACCGCCGAGAUCCCUGAGCCCAUCCCUCUCGACGAACUCCACGAGUUAUGACAAGCCCUGGCAGGCACAUUACGAGGAGUUCGACGCCGUCUCUUCGGAUGACGAGUGGUGCAACAAGAGGCACCGCUCUGACCGCCGCCAGCCCUGGGAGGACCAGGCGCAUCACCAAGUCUUGGAGAGCUACUUUCAGUUGGUGGAGAGGCGGGCGCGGCAACAUCGGCAGCAAUUCGAGGAGGAGGAACGGCGCCUAGCCUCCGAGGGCCAUCCCUGGCGGACCAAAGCGACCAAGGCGACCAAGGAUACGGCCCAGAGGCAGUACCAUGGCCGCAGGCACGACUAUGGCUAUAGCGGCUAUGGCCGCAGGGACCGAGGAUCAAGCUGGGGAGACAGCCCAGUGUAUUCCAAGUGGUCACGCGGGCGCAGCGGGCCGCGGCCACCCUCGCACCCACCCUGGAUGGAACGCUGAGAUGGCGACUUUCGUGGCCCAGGAAAUCUUUGGACCACAGCUGAGCUGGGUAUGGGUCAAUACCUAUAGAUACAUUUUUUAGUGGAAAGCUGGGGGUGGGUCAAAACCUAU